AUGCCUAACACUGUAGCCUCAGAGAAAGAGGGCUCAGACUAUGCGGCGCAAUCGCAGCCGAUCAACGAUACUCCGUUCAGACGCUACCUGACACUCCUCGCCAUUAGAUUGCUAAAGCGCUUCCGCAAACGCCAUGGUCCCGUACUAUUACUCUCGGACAAGAUAUGCGUCAAGUACGGAUCCCACGUCAGCCUUAGAGAGGCUUCGACCAUGCAAUUCAUCGCAAAGCACACUUCAAUUCCAGUCCCUCGCGUGUACUGCGCCUUCACGAACCAGAACCGAGGAUACAUCGUAAUGGAGAGAAUACACGGAGAGCCAGUGGGAGCUGGGUGGUUUAAGCGUUCAGAGGAAAGUAGAGCAAAGAUACUAGACCAGCUCAAGGAAAUGAUUGAGAAAAUGCGACGCAUCACAUCCCCGGAAGAUAUUGGUGUCGCUAAUGUGGAUGGCGGCCCCUUGUUUGACGUCCGAUUGCCUGGUACAUCAAAUCAUUUUGGGCCUUUCAGGACGAUCCAGGACUUUCACAGGUACCUGCGAGGAGGUCAAGAAGCACACCCAGACCACAAGCCAGAGAUUAGUGAGCUUAUUUCUCAGCAAGACAAACUUCGGACCUCUCUCGUAUUCACGCAUGGGGACUUAAGCAGUUUGAAUAUCCUCGCAUCUGGAGAUGAGGUAGUUGGUAUUAUCGAUUGGGAAACUGCUGGGUGGUUCCCUUCGUACUGGGAAUACACUACAGCCUGGAACGUAAACCCGCAAAACCAAUUUUGGCGAAACGAGGUUGACAAAUUCCUCCAGCCUAUGCCUGAAGAACUAGACAUGGAGAAGAUACGGCUAAAGUACUUUGGAGACUUUUGA